UUUCUUUUUUUUUUUUUUUCCUUAUCGCAAGUAUUCAUUUUGCACUUCAUUGCUGGCCUCCACGGCGUGGUUGACCUGAAUGGGGCUUAUGUGGACGCCGGAAUCCAAGCCACGGUAGACUUUAUAUUUCCCUACUGGAAAUUAUGAUGGGUGACUACUUUCGACAUGAACAACACAUCUCACUGCAUCCUAUAUCCUAGGACAGGCGCUGUUUGUGACGGUGGACAAGCAAUUGAAACCACCUUGACAGACUGCUCCAUCGCUUGGUAAAUAAGCCUAUGGAAUUUGUUGAAAUGGUCUGAAACAAAGAAUCGUGCCUCAGGAAGUAAGACGAUGGACGGCACAGCCGAUCCACCACAGUCAAACAGAACGCCGCAUGGACGACAGGCUGCAUGUUUGAAUUGCCGAAGAAGCAAAAUACGAUGCAAGCGCAGCCGCGAGGGUACCUGCUGUGACAGAUGCAAACAAGCAAACCUGGAAUGUAUCGUACCCAGUCACCAUCUUGGUAGACAAAAGGGUGUCAAGAACAAACGCAAAGGACUGGACAAAGCGUUACACCAAAUAGAGGAGGCGAUUAAGCGCCCCAAGACUGAUGCAGCAGGAUUUGAUGCUGCUCGGAAACUUAUCUCAGACCUGCAAGAUCUCCUUAGCAGGACACAAGGGCUUUCUGCACGGAGUGAGGUCGAGGAGACAUCAGAUGACCCUGACCGGUCACGGACGAGAUCUCCUCCGCAAGGAGCCACUGCUGGAGACAAUCUAGCCUUGGAUGACGCGGAGAAUCCAUUGCAACUUCUCGCCAGAGCCUCCGACCUCCAGUUUUCGCCUGCCGAGUGCCGUGACGCACCCAGAUUGUCCACUUCGUCUGUAUCACAAUCGUCUCUCAGACCGCAUAGUAGCCCCAACGAGGACUUGCCGAUUGCCAAAUCUUUUUUCGUCCCAGUCAAGGCGAAGCUAGACCUCGGCCCGGACAUGGACCCUAUCGAACUGGGUCUGACUACUCUGCAUGAGGCGGAAUUACUUUUUUCUUUCUUCUACGAGAAUUUGGCCCACACGAGGUGGGGUCUGGAUCCGACUGUGCAUACUGUGUCAUUCGUACGCUCGCAGUCUGCCUUUCUUUUCACUUCAAUGCUGGCUGCAGCUGCCCGGUUUUACCCUUCUACAGCCGCCUUAUCCAAAAGACUAACGAGGCACUGUACAUCACUGGCUUACAAGGUCAUUACUCAGCGUUAUCGAUCAGUGGAAAUUGUUUUGGCCUUCAUGGUAAACGUUCCAUGGAUGGCCCCAGGGAGCAGUUCUGGCGAUGAUGACACAUGCUCCUAUAUUGCAAUGGCUUUGACUGUUGCGUUGGACCUUUCUCUCAACAAGAUAGUGACAACCUCAACUGGUUUUGAUAGUACUCUCCAGAACAGGCUUGCGAAGGCUGAUUGCAUUGAUGCAAAGAGAGCCUUGCACAUGGAUGGAUUCGAAGCUGUUGAUCCGGCUUCGGAAUGGGGCCGAAGAUUGUUACGUAGGCGCGAAAGGACUUGGAUCGCGUUAUUUGUCCUCGAGCGUGGAUGGCAUAUCUCUGAUAUUGCCGAUUCUCGGGAUGGGCCGAUGAACUCCAUGGCUGUUCUCCGGAGGAAUUUAGAUGAACUCUUGGAAAAAGUAAAAUCGCGUUGCGACAGUUGCCGACUUGGGGACAUCGGAUCUGAAGCUGCUCAGUCGAUUAAGAAACUUAUUGAAGACUUCUAUGAUCAAUGGUAUGCGGCUUGGGCUCUUGAGAUUGGUGGACCCUCCCGCUGCCUUCCACCGUAUGUUGAGAUAUUGGUAACACACACGCAACUGUCUACAUAUGGUGGCGUGAUCAAUCAUCCCACAGCACCACUCGAAGUCAAGCGGUUUUUCCGCGCUGCUGGCCUCUCUUCUGCAUUGAAUGUCAUGCGGGCAGCCAUUCAAGGAGAAUCGCGGCUAAAGUCCAUGCCCAACAAUACAGUGAUCAUGAUCGCCUUCGCCGCAUGUUCUGCCCUUAGCCUCAGUGUGACGCCAGCGGACAGCAGGUCCAGCUUGGCACCGAGUGUGCGACAUUUGAUUGAGGAAACGGCUGAUGUCCUCGAACGGAUUGGCGCCAUCCCAGCCCACAGAGAAGGUGCAUCUGUCUUGUAUGGACGACUGCUACGAGAGCUUGUCAGACGUGCUCAUGUGGGCUCUGUUUCUCAGAAAAAUAUCGAAUCAGCCCCGGUAGAGUCCUUACAGCCCUCCUCUACAUUGAGCGAUUACUGUUCCAUACCUUCAGUGACACAACCACCAAUAGAUCCCUCGACGCUAUGGCCGGAGACACUACAAUUCUCCGCGAUGUCUGAUCACCAAAUCAUCGAUGCAGUGAACAGGGCUGACUCGGCAUUCGGCAUGAAUAUUCCUGACGUCCCACUGGAUGAUCUGAUGAACUGGGAUUGUAAUACCUUAGGUACCGAUUACCCUGUGCGCUGCAAUAAUGUUGAGCGUGAUUUGUGA